AUGGGCAAGCUAGGCGGCGUGGUUGGUGGCGUCGCCGGUAGAUCCGUCUGCGUAGCUGUGGACGAUGUUCCUUUGUGUACGAGAGAUUUCAUGAAAACACAUCCUACUGUCAUUUUUACAAAAGCAGACAAAGGCAAUGUCACCGUUGCUCUAGAAAGAAGUGAUUACGUUGCUAAGUUAGAACAUAUGUUAAGUGACACAGACACAUACACCAAAGUUAUAAAAAAGAACCCGGUGAGAGGCAUUGAGAGUAAACUUAAUGAAUGCUUAAAAGCUUGGCGUAAUGCGAACUACAUAAAUGAAAAAACAUAUUAUUCUUUGAUUUGUAACGACAAACCAUUACCUAGGGCUUACGGACUUCCAAAAAUUCAUAAACCGAACAUCCCUUUUGUGAACAAUAGUUUCGAUCUAGUUGGAGUUCUUUCGGGCUUGCGUGUUGAUAAGUCUGAUGUUUUAUUGUCUCUCGAUGUCGUCUCACUGUUCACUAAUAUACCGUUAGAUUUGGCCUUGGAUGGUGUGAGGAGAAGGUGGGAUUUCAUUAAGNAUCAUAUACAGAUUCCACUUGAAUCGUUCAUUAGGGCAUUGGAGUUUGUCUUGUCAUCUACCUUCUUUACAUUUAACGGGAGUACUUAUCAACAAACUUUUGGUACUCCGAUGGGAUCACCACUUUCUCCGAUCAUUGCUGAUAUAGUGUUGCAAGAUCUCGAAGACGAUUGUCUAAAAAAAUUACAAUUGAAUUCAUUGAUCUAUUAUAGAUAUGUGGAUGAUAUUUUCAUGUUAGCUAAGAAAGAGAAUAUAGAUCUCAUUUUUCAAAAAUUUAAUUCAUACAACCCUCGCUUACAAUUUACAUUGGAGAUCGAGAAGNAUAGAUCAAUUAACUUUUUAGAUACCACUAUUACGGUGAUUGAUGACAGAUUGAUCUGCAAUUGGUUCCAAAAACCAACUUUCUCGGGACGUUAUCUUAGUUUUUCCUCGCACCAUCCAUUUGGACAAAAGAAAUCUGUUAUUUCGGGAAUUGUUGAUAGAGCAAUUCUACUCUCACAUCCAAUGUACCACAAGGAUAAUUUGAUAAAGGCAAUGCGUUUUUUGUCAGCCAACGAUUAUCCUUUGGAUUUGAUUUUCAAGAUCUUUAAAAAAAGACUUCAUCAUUUGUUCAACAAUAAGUUGAAUGCGGUGAGCG